UGGAGGUAUUGGUCCUACCAAGGCCUCCCUUCCAUUUUAUUAUUGACUUGCACCCUAUGUUUACUCCCACAGUUCCAUUCCGAUAAUUGUUUCUCUUCUGGCUGUUGACUUACCUAAUGUUUGGCCCCCUUUCCGUGUUGUCCGCUGCAUUCUUGUCUAUGUUGGCCCAUGAGCUUUUGUCUUAGCCUCUCCCGUGAGUUGUCAAGUGGCCAAAUACUAUUAUUUGAACCCUUAGCCUCUUCCUUUGAGACUUGUCCUGCGUGAGAGAAAAUCCAGAGAGCAGACCCCUUCUCCUUUCCUUUGUGUGUAAGUUGAGAGAGGCACCUUAGUGGUGGAGAUAAAACAUGGUGUUGUGUUAUGGUCUAGCCUAGGGUGGUGUAUGUGAGCCUAUUGGUGAGGUUGUAGACCUGAGCCGGAAAGAAAUCGACUCCCAACAGUGGUAUCAGAGCUUGUGUUGUCGUCGCCGUCGAUUUUGCCGGUUUCCAUAGUCUGGAACGUCUCCGCCGCCGUCCGCCGCCGUCCGCCGCCGCCGUCCGCCGCCGUUUCGAGUCACUCGAGGUUUCUGUUCUUCCGCCGUUGAAGUCGGUGCUGGUCUAGUUCGCCGCCGCAGAGAGUUGCUCGCCAUUUGAAGCCGCCGGUUGCAGAGGACCGCUCGCCGGAGAUCAUCGCUGGAGCCGCCGUUUGCCUGGGAACCGUUGCAGGAGGAAGGCUGGGAAUUCCGUCGCUGUGCUCGUUCGUCGCUGGGUAGAAGAAGCUGUCACCGGACUCGUCGUAGUUCAAUCGCAACUGGUGCGUGUUGUCGAUACCCGGACCCGGACGCCAGAGUACUUGAAGCAGGAGCUUUGAAGUAAGCGUGAAUCUUACGCUGAAGACCCUGGACCUGGAGCACGAGAGCUGGAUUCAGUCUGGGAUGCUGCUCUACUAGAAUUGGCCUGCUGGAGUUGCUAGGCUUGUUGGGCUUUUGGACCUUGGCUUUUGCUGUUGGACUGCUGGAGCUUAUUGUGCUUUUGGACUGCUACUGGACCUGGAGCAAAGGGAAGACUGGUCAACUAGUCAGUCAACUCGGUCAAAGUUCGGUCAACGCAGGUCAAAGGCAGUCAACAGUCCGAAAAAAUCCCAAUUUUUGAAUUGGGUGGGUAAGGUCGAAACGCCUCUCCUAGGGUUUCGCUCCGGUAUAUUGACUUUUAUCCCUUUUAUCGCUUUUGUAGUGAUUUUUUAAUCUUUUAUUGUGUAGAAAUUAUAUUUUAGGUUUAUUAUUGCUGUUAAAAUUGUUUGAAUUGUUGUAUUGUGUUGUGCUGAAAAUUUAUUAUUUAUUUGUGCUUAUACGGAAGAACAAGGGGUUUGAAGUUGAGUUUGGUGCUCAUUAAUACUCCCUGCGUGUUCGUGUUAGUUACUCCGUAUAGUUGUUGCCUUAUAAAUAUUUAAAUUGUUUUCAGCUAAAUUUACAUUUUCUUUUGUUGCUUAUUUUUUCUCUGUGAAAAUGUCUGCUUAUAAUCAGUAUGGUAUGGCUCCAUUUAAUGGAAAAUCUGAUUUUAGCAUUUGGAAGCAAAAAAUUAAAUGUAUUUUAAUACAACAAAAAUGUUUUAAAGCAGUUGGCGAAACCUAUUUAAUUUCUGACACGGAAGAUAAAAGGGCCGAAAUGAAUGAAAAUGCAUGUUCUGUGAUUUAUUUGAACUUAUCUGACUCUGUGAUUAGAAAAGUUGGAAUUUUAGAGAGUGCUAAAAUUCUGUGGAAUAAAUUAGAUGAACUGUAUACUGAAACCUCUUUGCCUAACCGGAUAUUUUUACUUGAGAAAUUCUUCAAAUUUAGACUAGAUAUGUCUAUAGAUAUUGAAGAAAAUCUAGAUGUUUUUACCAAACUUAUUUCGGAUAUUAAGUUGUGUGGUGAUAAGCAUAUAGAUGAUUAUUCUCCCAUUGCUCUUUUAAAUGCUAUUCCUGAUUCCUUUAGUGAUGUGAAAUCUGCUAUUAAGUAUGGUAGAGAUAAUGUGACUCUUGACAUUGUGGUAAAUGGUCUUAAGAGUAAGGAAUUAGAUUUAAAACAGAUGGGUGAGGGUAGAAAAUCCGAGGAAGUUUUGCAUGUGAGGGGUAGAGAAAAUAAUAGUAGACGACAUAGAUCUAAGUCUAGGUCUAAUUCGAGACGUUGCUAUUAUUGUCAUGAACCUGGUCAUUUCAUAAGAGACUGUCCUAAAUCUAGGAAAAAUGAGCAUAGUGAGCAUGCUAAUUUGACUACGUGUGAAGAUGAUUUAGGUGAUGUUUUUAUGAUGAAAAAUCUAUGUGAUUAUGACUAUCUGAGUUCUGUGAUAUCUGAUUCUUUGGGUAAAUCAGAUUGGGUGGUAGAUUCUGGUUGUACUUUUCAUAUGUCCCCUUUGAAAAAUGUUUUUUCAAACUAUAGAGAGAUUGAGCAUGGCUUUGUGUCUUUAGCAAAUGAGAAGAAAUGCAAUGUGCUAGGAAUAGGAGAUGUAUGCCUUAGGUUUUCUUCUGGUUAUGUGCUUACUUUGAAGAAUGUUAGGCAUGUUCCUGAGCUGUGUUGUAAUUUGCUAUCUUGUGCUUCUCUUGAAAAUGAGGGUUUGAAGGGAAAAUGGAGAAAAGGAAUCAUGAAAGUUGUGAAGGGUUGUUUAGUUGUUUUCAAAGCUGAGAUGAAAAACAACUUGUAUGUUUGUCAUGCUGAACCCGUACUUGAUUCUGUGAAUUGUGUGCAACCCUGUGUGCUAGGAAAACAAUCUAGAGUUGGUUUUCCUGAUCUGCCUGAGUGUACUCAUGUGCUUGAUUGUAUUCAUGCUGACUUGUGGGGUCCUAAUAGUGUUUCCACUCAUGGUGGUAAAAAUUAUUUUCUGACGUUGAUUGAUGAUUUUUCAAAGAAAGUGUGGGUUUUGUUGAUUGAGAAUAAAUCUGAAGUUUUUGAUAAGUUUAAAAACUGGAAAACCCUUGUUGAAAAACAAACCGGUAAGAAAAUUAAUUUUUUAAGAACCACUGUCAGUUUUGAUUUCUGUGAUAGUCAGCUUGGGGAUUUAUGUGAUACUUGGGGUAUUUCUAUGCAUAAAUCUGUUCCCUCCACACCCCAACCGGAUGGGGUUGCUGAGAGGAUGGUUAGAACUUUAUUAGAGAGGGUGAGGGCUAUGUUAGCUUCAUCUGGGCUCUCUAAUAAGUUCUGGGGGGAAGCUAUUUGUUAUGCUGUUGAUUUGAUUAAUCUGUCCCCGUCUGUUCCCUUAGGAGGGAAAUGCCCUGAAUCUGUGUUCAUGGGCAAACCACUUAAUUUGCCAAAUUUGAGAGUGUUUGGUUGUGCUGCUUAUGUGAAUCGUGUGAAUGAUAAAUCUGAACCUAGGACUAAGGAAUAUGUUUUCUUAGGAUAUCAUGAUUGCAUGAAAGGUUAUAGGCUUUGGUGUAGGAGUGAAACUUGCUUCAAUGUGUUGAUGAGUAGAAAUGUCAUUUUUGUUGAAAAUGAAUUUCCUUGCCUGCUUGUUUCUCCUGAUGUUGCUCCAAAUGAGGUGGAGCAUUUGCCUGAUGUUCAUUCUGAUUUACUUGUUGAAACCGAACCCAAAUUUGUGGAUGAAAAUGUUUUUCAUGAUGAAAAUAAAGAAAAUAAUAUUUCUAUUAAGGUGGAGCAUGAUAUGAAUGUUGUGUGCAAUAUGCUUGAGUUGCGUGAUUGCCAUGUUAUUAGAGAUAGAGACAUUAGGAAGCAUGAGAGAAAUAAUAUGUGCAAUGUGUUUGACUAUAUUUCCACUGAGUCUGCUUUAAAUGUGCUUAAUUCUCUUUUAAUUAAAAUCUUUGUGAUAUUUGGUAUGCUAUUUUCUUUGUGUUUUGAAAAUGUGAUACCAUGUGAUUAUGUGAGCUCCGCCUGUGCUAGUGAUAGAAAUAAUAUUGUUUCUUUUAUUUUCUUUAUACUUGCUUUGUGUUGUUGUUGGAUUAGUUGGAAUCCCCAACUUCUCCCGAAUGCUUGCUUGCGUGGUCUAUUAACAUGUGUUGUGCUUGUUAAUAGUUUUGUGAUGGUUUUGGUUCUGAACUCGAGGACCGAUUGGUAGAGUUCAGUCCAUCGUGAAGUGGGUUUGCACGGUAAGCUUGGUCCGAAAGGGAACUUUGGUUCUCAUCUAUUACUUGUAUGAUCGCAAUGAUGUACUUGUAAUGGUCCGGCGAUGAUGAGUCUCCUCACAACUUUGUAUUGCUACUCUACACCACCUAGGACCAAUAAGGUGGAGAAUGUUGGAGGUAUUGGUCCUACCAAGGCCUCCCUUCCAUUUUAUUAUUGACUUGCACCCUAUGUUUACUCCCACAGUUCCAUUCCGAUAAUUGUUUCUCUUCUGGCUGUUGACUUACCUAAUGUUUGGCCCCCUUUCCGUGUUGUCCGCUGCAUUCUUGUCUAUGUUGGCCCAUGAGCUUUUGUCUUAGCCUCUCCCGUGAGUUGUCAAGUGGCCAAAUACUAUUAUUUGAACCCUUAGCCUCUUCCUUUGAGACUUGUCCUGCGUGAGAGAAAAUCCAGAGAGCAGACCCCUUCUCCUUUCCUUUGUGUGUAAGUUGAGAGAGGCACCUUAGUGGUGGAGAUAAAACAUGGUGUUGUGUUAUGGUCUAGCCUAGGGUGGUGUAUGUGAGCCUAUUGGGGAGGUUGUAGACCUGAGCCGGAAAGAAAUCGACUCCCAACAAUAUAAAUUAUUCUGAUCUCAAACUCCUUUCAUGGAGUAUUGAACUCGGAAGUCCCCAAGGGAGAGUGACUCGGCUGUGUACAUUUUAUUACUUAAUUACUGUCACAUGAUUAAUUUUUUAAUGAUUUAAAAAUUCAUAAAUGACCCUCAAAUCAUUAUUUUAAAUUAUGUGCGUUUUCUUGGUGUUGAACCAAGGUAUUACAUAUACUUUCCAUAUAAUAUCAAACUACAGACAUAAUUUGAUUAAUUAUAUACUUCUUCCGUUCUUUUUUAGUUGCAACGGUCAACAUUCCACACUUGCCAACGCACGUCUUUGACCGUAAUUAUAUCUUAAUCUCUAUUAGUAAAAAAUAUUUAAAAAUUAGAUUUUGAAAAUUUUUAAUGAGAUUAAUUGAACAAUAUUUUUUUUAAAAAAUAAUUUUCAUAAAAUAAUAAUAUAAAAUAUAGUCAAAGUAGAACAUGUGAAUAAUGUAAAAUUCAACAUGUUGCGAUUAAAAAAGACAGAAGAUAGUAUUAUACGGAUUAAUAAAUAGUCUCACUAAAUAAUAUAUGUGACUCAAUGAUCUUUUUGAAAAAGCUACUACAUCAUCAAUCUUAUGAAGGAGGAUGUCCUAAAACCAUGUUCGUUCAUAAAUAGUCUCACUAAAUAAUAUAUGUGACUCAAUGAUCUUUUUGAAAAAGCUACUACAUCAUCAAUCUUAUGAAGGAGGAUGUCCUAAAACCAUGUUCGUUCAUAAAUAGUGGUUUGUUGGGUGCCUAUCCACUCGUUGAUUUGGGAAACCCAUUUGGAGGUCAUGUGUUCACUUUUACUCUAAUCUAGUCCAGUUUGUUUGGACCAGGCUUGGGGUGUGAGUUUCAUGUGAAACAAGUAUGUAAUUUUGAGGUAAAGAUUAGUUCUUGAGGAUCCUUUGACAUCGACUUAGACUGAAUUGAACAAUUGCAAACAAGAUUUCUAUUUGGGAUGUGGAGAGUAAUGAAGUUCUUAUGUGCCAUGAAUAAGGGAUCUCGAUCUGAGUGGGACUUCGGAGUAUUCUCUGGCCUAGAAGGUGUAGAAAAACCAGAUCCAAAGAUAUAUAAGAUUGCAUUGAAUUGGAGAGAGCUGGAAAUGUUGCUCCUAGCCUGAAGAAGUUCUUCACAUAGGAGACAACAUCAGGAAAGAUAUUAUUCCUGCAAGGAGUAUGGGGAUGAAUGUGAUACUGCUUGAUCGGUUCAAGACAUCUGAUGCUGAGCUUUGGAGGAAAUCUGGAGAGACUGUGUUGCCCAAUCUUAAUGCAGUAAAAGAUUGGCUCACUUCUCACAGUGAUUCCCUUCCUAAGUACUCCCUCCGUCCCUUAAAACUUUGCCAACUUUCCUUUUUUGGAUGUCUCACUAACUUUGCCACUUUCUCUUUUAAGUAAAUAAUUUAUGGUUCCAGUUAAUUCUCUCUCUUCUGCACAAACCUCAACCACACAGUUUUUACUUUAUUAAUUCCCGUGCCAGUCAAACUUGGCAAAGUUUUAAGGGACGGAGGUAGUAAUCAGCUACGUGUCGACCCUAGUGCUCUAAAGUAUUAUACUUUCUCUUUGUUUUAAUGCAUUCAUGUUGUAUUUGUUUGUGUGUUAUGCAAAUAAAAUAUUUGAAUUUAUAUGUGUGUGCUCGCAUUGAUAUGCAUAUGUUAAAAAUGAUAGUGUUAGUGGUCAUUUAAAAUAAAUGUAAAUAUAAUUUUGAAAACUUUUUCCUAGACUUAUUAAAAAAAGAUUUUUUUAUUAAAUAAAUAAACUUUUAAAUUCAUAUCCUUAAUGAUCACUUUACGUCUUAAAAGCUAAUUGCAAACAGCUAAGUCACUAACAUUUUAUUUCAAACCGUUAAUGAAAGCGGUUAGUUAAAAAGCUAACGGAUCCGCUAGUAUCAAAUUGCUGAUUCAACCACCUAUUAGCUAACAAACACCUACUAAUAUAUAACACGACCGUUGACAUUUUUAAUCCUUUCCUUGUGAUGACAAAAUUAAAGUAGAAGAACUGAAAAUGUCAAUUUCACAAUACUUAAAAUAUGAAAUGUCGCGAAUUUUAAAAUCGAGGAUCAAAAGUGUCUCACUCAAAUAAAUGGGACUUCUUUUUUUUUUACUAAUUUGUCUCAAAUGAUUUUUUUUACCAAUCUGGCAAGAGACCGCAGAUAGUGUUGUUUGUAUUUAGACAACUUUGCAAGUGUGUAGACAAACAAUAUGUGCGAAUGAUGCACACAAACUAGUGUACACCAAACAUGAUUGUUUAUACAUUUGGUGCAUGAAAAUUAAUGUUGACAUCAUUUAUAUAUUUAAUUGUUCAUGAAUGGGCAUUUCUUAUUUGUGUCGCACAUUAAUUAUUUUUGGGUAAUUUGUGUUGCAUAUUUAGAAACUGUUUGACAACACUUAAAUUGACUAAAUCUAUUUAAAUUGAUGAAAUUUUUAUUGAAACGGCUAAAUUAUCAUCAGAAUCUGGUUUGUUAUGUAAAAAAGGUUAUAUGAAUUAUUUAAAUUUUUAUUAUUAAUAAAAUAACAAUAUAUGUGUAUAGAAAAUAUCUAACAUGUCAUUUGCAUUAAUUUCAGCAAAUUUAACCAGAAAAGUAAUUUCAACUCUAUUCAUUUUAAUUAUCACACAAUUUAAAUAUGAAGUUAAAACUUGUGUUUGCAUUGGUAAAAACAAGUUGACUAAUAAGAGUGACACGUUUAAAAUAGGGCUUACUAAACAUGCUCUUAUUGUGUGUGUGUGAAGCUCAAUUUUUUAAACACAAUCUUUUAAUUUGGUUAUUGUCUAACUUAAUAAACAAAAAUUGGAUGGCUGAAAUAUUUUGAGGCGUGAACAAAUAGAACCGUGUAAAAUUGUAUGGCUUUGGGAAGAUAUAACGGCUUAUAGUAUCAAAAUUAGUUAAAUCAGUUGAAUGGAAUACGUUGAAAUUGAAGAGAUUCUUGUGAAAGCGGAUGAAUGGUUGAAUCUUUUGAAUUUGUUAAUGAAUUUGAAUUCGAAAUAUUUCAUUAACAAAGUAAAAAAAAAAGUAUAUUUGCGAAAAAGUUAAAAUAAUCCUACUCCGAAAUUUCACCCAAUACUUAUUAGAAAAAAAUGAACUAAUUUAAUAGCAUCCGUAAUUAAUUCAAGCUGAAAUAUAGAAGAGAAAUGUUAG